CGGCCCCGCCCCGACCGGAAGAAGCGGCGGCACCCGGUGCUUAUAGGGCAGGGCAUGGGGGUGCCGCCACCGCCUAGUCAGCUCUACGUCGGCUGAAGUCCUGCCGCCGCGGCGCUGUAGUCGCGGCGCCCCCGCCCCGUCCUCUGCCUGCCCGCCGGCCCGCACCGCCCCCCCAGAGCCGGCCGGCCGGGCCCGGAGCCAGGCCCGAGUCCUCGCCAUGCCGGUCCGGCUGCUGCUGGCGCUGCUGCUGUCCGGCCUCGGGAUUUUUGGAAGUCCCAGCACAGUGACACUUCCCGAAACCUUGUUGUUUGUGUCAACCCUGGAUGGAAGCUUGCAUGCUGUCAGUAAGAGGACGGGCUCAAUCAAAUGGACUUUAAAAGAAGAUCCGGUUCUGCAGGUUCCAACGCAUGUGGAAGAGCCUGCCUUCCUCCCAGAUCCCAAUGAUGGCAGCCUGUAUACACUUGGGGGCAAGAAUAAUGAAGGCCUGACGAAACUUCCCUUUACCAUCCCAGAGCUCGUACAGGCAUCCCCAUGCCGAAGUUCAGAUGGAAUUCUCUACAUGGGUAAAAAGCAGGACAUUUGGUAUGUUAUUGAUCUUCUGACCGGGGAGAAGCAGCAGACUUUGUCAUCGGCCUUUGCAGACAGCCUCUGCCCAUCAACCUCUCUGCUGUAUCUCGGGCGAACAGAGUACACAAUCACCAUGUACGACACCAAAACCCGCGAGCUCCGGUGGAAUGCCACCUACUUCGACUACGCGGCCUCACUGCCGGAGGACGACGGGGACUACAAGAUGUCCCACUUUGUGUCCAACGGCGAUGGGCUGGUGGUGACCGUGGACAGUGAAUCUGGCGACGUCCUGUGGAUCCAAAACUACGCUUCCCCUGUGGUGGCCUUUUAUGUCUGGCAGCGGGAGGGUCUGAGGAAGGUGAUGCACAUCAACGUCGCAGUGGAGACGCUGCGCUAUCUGACCUUCAUGUCUGGGGAGGUGGGCCGCAUCACCAAGUGGAAGUACCCGUUCCCCAAGGAGACGGAGGCCAAGAGCAAGCUGACGCCCACCCUGUAUGUCGGGAAAUACUCUACCAGCCUGUAUGCCUCCCCCUCCAUGGUGCACGAGGGGGUCGCCGUUGUGCCCCGGGGCAGCACACUUCCUUUGCUGGAAGGCCCCCAGACUGACGGGGUCACCAUUGGGGAUAAAGGGGAGUGUGUGAUCACGCCCAGCACAGACCUAAAGUUUGACCCUGGGCUCAAAGGGAAGAGCAAGCUCAACUACUUGAGGAACUACUGGCUUCUGAUAGGACACCAUGAAACCCCCCUGUCUGCGUCUACCAAGAUGCUGGAGAGAUUCCCCAAUAAUCUGCCCAAACAUCGAGAAAAUGUGAUUCCUGCCGAUUCAGAGAAGAAGAGCUUUGAGGAAGUUAUCAACCUGGUCGAGCAGACUUCAGAAAACGCGCCCACCGCCGUUUCACAGGAGGUGGAGGAGAAGUUCGAGCAUGCCCCCGCUAAGCCCGAGGCCCCCGUGGACUCUGUGCUGAAGGACAUAGCCACCAUCAUCCUGAGCACCUUCCUGCUCAUCGGCUGGGUGGCCUUCAUCAUCACCUACCCCUUGAGCAUGCAUCAGCAGCAGCAGCUCCAGCACCAGCAGUUCCAGAAGGAGCUAGAGAAAAUCCAGCUCCUGCAACAGCAGCAGCUGCCCUUCCAUCCCCCUGGAGACGUGGCUCAGGAUGCUGAGCUCCUGGACUCGUCCGGCCUGUACUCAGAGAGCUCGGGCACCAGCAGCCCCAGCACGUCCCCCAGAGCCUCCAACCACUCGCUCCACUCCAGUGGCUCUGCCUCCAGGGCUGGUGCCAGCCCCUUCCUGGAGCAGGACGAUGAAGAUGAGGAAACCAGCAUGGUGAUUGUUGGGAAGAUCUCAUUCUGUCCCAAGGACGUGCUGGGCCACGGAGCUGAGGGCACGAUUGUGUACCGGGGCAUGUUCGACAACCGCGAUGUGGCCGUCAAGAGGAUCCUCCCCGAGUGUUUCAGUUUCGCGGACCGUGAGGUCCAGCUGCUUCGGGAAUCAGACGAGCACCCCAACGUGAUUCGUUACUUCUGCACGGAGAGGGACCGGCAGUUCCAGUACAUUGCCAUCGAGCUGUGUGCGGCCACCCUGCAGGAGUACGUGGAGCAGAAGGACUUCGCCCACCUUGGCCUGGAGCCCAUCACCUUGCUGCAGCAGACCACCUCAGGCCUGGCCCAUUUGCACUCCCUCAACAUUGUUCACAGAGACCUGAAGCCCCACAACAUUCUCCUGUCUAUGCCCAACGCACAUGGCAGGAUCAAGGCCAUGAUCUCUGACUUUGGCCUCUGCAAGAAGCUGGCUGUGGGCAGGCACAGUUUCAGCCGCCGCUCAGGAGUGCCUGGCACAGAAGGCUGGAUCGCUCCGGAGAUGCUGAGCGAGGACUGUAAGGACAAUCCCACCUACACAGUGGACAUCUUCUCUGCGGGCUGUGUCUUUUACUAUGUGAUAUCUGAGGGCAGCCACCCUUUUGGCAAGUCCCUGCAGCGGCAGGCCAACAUCCUCCUGGGCGCCUACAGCCUCGACUGCUUACACCCGGAGAAGCAUGAAGACGUCAUUGCCCGGGAAUUAAUAGAGAAGAUGAUCGCAACGGAUCCUCAGAAACGCCCCUCUGCGAAGCAUGUGCUGAAGCACCCGUUCUUCUGGAGCCUGGAAAAGCAGCUCCAGUUCUUCCAGGACGUGAGUGACCGAAUAGAAAAGGAAUCCCUGGACGGCCCGAUAGUGAAGCAGCUGGAGCGCGGCGGGAGAGCCGUGGUGAAGACGGACUGGAGAGAGAACAUCACCGUCCCCCUGCAGACAGAUCUGCGUAAAUUCAGAACCUAUAAAGGUGGCUCUGUCCGCGACCUUCUCCGAGCCAUGAGAAACAAGAAGCACCACUACCGGGAGCUCCCCGCGGAGGUGCGGGAGACGCUGGGCUCUCUCCCCGACGACUUUGUGCGCUACUUCACGUCCCGCUUCCCCCACCUCCUCCCCCACACCUACCGGGCCAUGGAGCCCUGCAGCCACGAAAGGCUCUUCCAGCCUUACUACUUCCACGAGCCCCCAGAGCUCCGGCCCCCCGUGACUCCAGACGCCCUUUGAGCCAGGGUGGCUGCCGUUCUGGUGGCCCCAGCUGUGACUGAGGGCCUGGUCUCUACCAGCCCGAGCCUGAUGCCUCCCGGCUUAGCAGGGAGACCAGGCCCCCAAACCAAGUGCCUUGAGCCUGCUCUACAGCCAGCAGAAGAUGAUGCUCACCCCAGGAAGUGGGGAACACGACCCCCCCCCCCGCCUUGGCCUGUAGGAUGCUGGGAAGCUGUUGGCCAUGAAAGCUUUACGUUCGGGGGUCCUCUGCCGAGGAGGGCCCGUCGCAGAGGCAGCGAAGGAGGCAUCCUCCACCUCCUCGUGGACACACGUGCUUCAGACUUACACUUGUUUGUAAACUUCCUAUUUGAUGUCGGCCUAUGAGGAAGAGAGAGGAGGGAGUGCUACGUUUUGCCUACAGGCAGGACCAGGAGCAUCUCUCUCCUCGACCAGCUAGGCUGAGACGCACUCAGUGCAGCCUCUGCUCGGAGUGGGGCUCCAGAGGUGAGCGGCGCUAAGGAGGAGGAAGACGUUCAGAGGGAGUCGUUCCCCAGGGAUCACAGAUGCCUCACUCAUUGUGAACGUGCCCAAAGCCUCCCAGGUCACCAUAACCAGUGUUCCCUGGGGGCAGCGAAGAGUCUGGAGUGUGGGGCGUGGCAUUGGGACAGAUCAGCACCACAUGCCCCAGUGGCCUUUGGUGGAUUUGGGGGGGUGCUUAGGAGCAUUUGGGGGCGAGGGGUGAUAAGUUCCCCAUCAUGAAGAGCAGCACCCAGGCGAGAGCAGGCCAAAUGGGACCCUCUCAGCCACCCUGGGAGAGCCCUGGGCCAGCAGGUGGGCAAUGAGGUUCCCCCAUCCCUGGAGCCAGCAGGACAGGCCAGGGGGGCGGAGCCAAGGCCAGGGUCACCACUUGCUUCAUGGGCAGGUUUUUAUGUUUCUCCUGGCAGAUUUUAAUAACUUUCUCUUUUGAACAUACUGUAGAAUGCUGCGUUAGCAUAGGUAAGCUGAACUUGAAGUUUACUUGUGAAGAAGCUAAAUGCAAGAUCUAUAGUACACUUUCUCUUUUGUGUGGCACCAAAAGUCUCCAUCCCCUCCAGAAAGAGCGUUCGUGUUCAGAACGUGCUCUACUGCUGAGGAGUAAAACAUUAGAGCAAGGCUAUAUACAUCCAUUAAACAGCUUCGAAGUGAUAUUCUCUACAUUAUGUCAAUACCAUCUUUUUUUUCCUAAAACUAGUUUAAUUUUUAACUUUAGUUUCAGUCAAAAAUUCCUCUGUCUUUUCUCUACCGAGAGCCUUAGCAGUUAAGUGAGAUCAGGGUACGAAGUAAGGAGAUGUCUCCCGUGUCCUUUGUCCAGCCGGGUGAGCACAUCAUCACGCUGCCUUCAGUGCUGGCGACCGACCUCCGAGACUCCACUCAGGAGCGAGGGUGUACUGACGGACCGAGAACUCACUGUUUCUUCUGUGACGUGCUUGCUGAUGGAUUUGUACGAGGGCCUUCUGCCUUCGUAGAAUUCAGUUCCCUUUCAUAAUGCCUGAAGUCACUUUUUUUCUUAAAUUAGCAUUAUCCUGCGUCUUUAAACCUCAUCAGUUACCUCAUUGAUACCUUGGAACCCUGGCGUUUUUGGCUGACAUCGUGGUAUCUUCUGCCAUACUUCCCGUUUUUCAGGAACACGGCCAGACGCCUCUCCUCUCCCUGCUCUGAUGCACCCGCACCAUUGUCUGUAUGGCUCUGUGGUUGGUCACUUCACAGCCGGGCCUAAGUGGUGAUGGCCUGCCAGGAAGUCAGGCGGAGAAGGUGCCACAAGGGACGAACAGGGCCGUCGGCUCUCUGUGCUGCCGGGACCUGGCCUGCUUUGGUCUCAUGGCUGAACAGUGUCCUGGGGGGGAGUAGUCAGGUCACUUCUGGCUGCCCAGGGUUUGUGUCCUCUCCCUAUCUGGGCCCACCUUGUCUCCAGGACGGCUGUUUUUUAAAUGCCUUUUCUCUUUAUCGCCUUCAUUUCUAACCACCCACCUUUCUCAAACUCCUGUAUUCGAUGUAUUUUAUUUUGAGUAGUCACUGUGUGAGCCAGGCAGGAUCCUGGGUGCUAGGGAUGCAGAGGUAAACAAGAUAGGCAAAACCUCUGCUUUUUAAAGAGUGUGGAGUGAGAGAGAAACUAAGAAAGUAAGCAGAAAGUAAGCACCAGUGCUCCCGGAAAAGCCAGAGGGUGGGCAAGGGCAUUUGUUUGCUGUUCACACUUCUUUCUUAAAGCUGCCUGUGACCCAGAACCCGUCUGAUCUGGUCAAGUCUGCUCCGUUGGCCUUCUGUCCGUCGCUUUUUGGAAUCUGGUCACUCAUCAGUCCCUCGGGUGGUUUGAAGAGGUCUCUCGUGUGGGCACUUGUCGUGGAAACACCUUGGGCAUCAUCUGCUAUAUCUUGUUCUAAUCUGUAGAAUUCUGGUUUCCUGUUGUGCUCAGCGUAGCGGGAAGGCGUCUUUUGCUAGAACAGGGUUUUUCAGCCGUGUGCAUCGCGUAGCAGCCGAGCUAUUUGAUCUUUAGUGUGAUUUCUAGAAGGCUGUUUAACUUUUUAGAAGUACGCUACUUUCAUUUUUUCCGACAGAAUUUAGUCGCAUCUGUUAGGAACCCCAGGGACACUCUCAUUAAAUCUUGUCUUGAA